AUGAACCUUUACAAUCGGGAACCCGGCCCCCCUCGUGUCUUGAUCGAUAACUGGGUUGAGGAGAGAUCUCUCUACGAGACCGCCUUGAAUCCCGAUGGAACCGUCAAGAUGGGAACGUGUAGAGUGCCAACGGUAUAUGUACAGACAACGAAUCCGGAUCAAAAGAUGCCCAGUGACACAACGAACAAGGAAUAUGGAGAUUUUCGUGCCAAUAAGAAGGAGUAUUUCAACCCCAACUGUAAUUUUGAUACAGUGGGCCGCCCCGUCACCAGUGGGACCGCUUUGGAGGCCAGAUUUCGUGCACAAGCUGAAAAGGAAUGGGCUAGCUAUGUCCAGCUACGUCAAGAUGCUUUAGAUGGAAGGGCCGGUCGGAUUGCGGAUGGCGAAAAGAUUAGUACAUACACUGCAGACUACUCCAAGCCAGAGAUUGAAAGACCGCUUACUCAAGCGCGCUAUGACCACCCUGUGACGUUGUACAGUACAGGAACAAUCAACGUGCGCCGCACUGGCCCUGAAUUGGGCCGCUAUCCAAGGCAUGCCCAAUUUUCCACUCCAAUCGAGGAGAACAAGCGUGGACAGUGGAAGGACGACUAG